AAACAAGAUGGCGGCCCCCGAGAGCGCUCCCCAGAGCUCCAGAGCUCCCUCUCUCCUGGGAGGCUUGGGCAGUGCACGAACUGGAGUCCAAUCGAUGCCGUUGCGCUCAGAAAAGGAGUCUCAACCUUGCUGGUCUUCUUUUCCCAUGGGGCAAAAGACGAAAGGCACUGUCAACAGAACCUCCUCCUACCUGCUGCAGCAGAUCAUUCACCGCUAUCAGGAGUUGGACGCGGACGGAGAGGAGGACCGGGGCGAGGGCGAGGUGGAAUCCGAGGAGUCCUCAGACUCCGAAAUGCAGAAUCUGGAGGAGGAAUUUGAUGGGGUCCUGAGAGAAGAGGCCGUGGCUGCAGCACUCCACCAACUGGGACGCUCGGGCUCUGGGACUGAGCAGGUCUACCUCAGUCUAACUUUAUCGCCUUCGUCUAGUUAUUUUAUUGGCUUACCUUAUUCUGCAUCUAUUUCCUCCCCAGAUUUGUCUUGUGUAAGCUAUAUGCCUUAUCUUCUAGAACUUAAUGCUUCUCAAAAUAAGCUGACUACAUUCUUCAAUUUCAAGCCACCCAAAAAUCUCAAGUCAUGGUAUAUAGGCAAUGAGAUAGAAGAAAUCAGUGGCCUGGAGAUGUGCAACAGUCUAACUCACCUCAGUUUGGCCAACAACAAGAUCAUGACAAUUGAUGGCUUAAACACAUUACCAAUCAAAAUACUUUGUCUGAGCAAUAACAACAUUGAGAAGAUCAUGGGUUUGGAGCAUCUGAAAGCCCUGCAGAACCUGGAUCUGUCCCACAAUCAGAUAAGCAGCCUCCAAGGCUUAGAGAAUCAUGACCUCCUGGAGGUGCUCAACCUGGAGGAUAAUAAGGAAAAACCUGAAUAUUGGCAGUUCGUAAUUUUUAUGCUACUGCGAUUAACAGAAUUAGAUCAGAAGAAGAUUAAAGUGGAAGAAAAGAUUGCUGAGCUGAGUGAAAUAGAAUACAUUGAAAAUCUACCUAUCCUUCGAAUUCUCAAUCUUCUGAAAAAUCCAAUUCAGGUGAGAGAUCAUUUAUAUGGGGGAGGGGGAGAGAGGAAGACUAUCCUGGAAUUCUUCUUCAAGAAGUACUUUUGCACUCUUCCCAGCCUGGAUGCCCCUUACCCCAUGUUGAUAUUAGCUGGUCCCGAAGCUUGUGGGAAACGAGAACUGGCCCACCGCCUCUGCAGACAGUUUAGUACUUACUUCAGAUACGGGGCCUGUCACACCACAAGACAGCCUUACUUUGGAGAAGGGGAUCGAGUUGAUUAUCAUUUCAUAUCUCAAGAAGUUUUUGAUGAAAUGCUAAACAUGGGGAAAUUCAUUCUCACAUUUAGUUAUGGUAAUCACAAUUAUGGAUUAAGUAGGGACACCAUAGAAGGUAUCGCAAGAGAUGGUUUAGCAAGCUGUAUUCACAUGGAAAUAGAAGGUGUAAGAAGUUUGAAAUAUUCCUAUUUUGAGCCUCGAUAUAUCCUGGUGGUACCCAUGAACAAGAACAAAUAUGAGGGAUACUUAAGGAGAAAAGGAUUAUUCAGUCGUGCAGAAAUUGAAUUUGCUGUCUCCAGAGUGGACCUUUAUACUAAAAUUAAUCAGAAAUUUCCAGGAUAUUUUGAUGCAGUUAUCAAUGCAGAUGAUCUGGACGUUGCCUACCAAACGCUGAGUCAGCUCAUUAGAGAAUACCUUGGAUUGACUGAGGAGACUGCCAAGAGUUUGGUUCCAGCUGCAGAUGUUAAGACAUCCCACAUGAAAUCUGAAGAGCCUCCUAGGAAAUAUACUUCUACAAACAUGGAUGAUUUCCUGCAUUCUACAGACAGAAACUACUUUGUUAAAUUAUGGACCAAACUUUCAGACAAAAAAACACCAGCGGUAAGGGAGGGCAAGAGGAGUGAAGCAGCAACUGAGUGCAAGGCACGAUGUCAGACACAAAGGGGAUUUCAUAUUUUGAGACGAAUAAGUUUCCCCAAAACUGUUCUCUCACCAAUGGGUCCUGUACCAGCACCUCUCACCAAUGUACGGUAUUUUACAACUUUGGAAGAACUACAGAAAAGUUUUGAGCUUUGUGAAGAUUAUUUUAAACUUCCCUUUGGCCCACAUCCUGAAAAGAGUAGCAAGGAUUCCUAUGUUUCCACGAAAUAUUCUACAUUAUUUCAAUUAUGCUAGUUUUCUUUAGAGAGACCCAUCAGGCAGCCCCCAGACAGGUCAGUUUCCUCUUUAACAAAUACCUCUGCGGUGAAAAGCAAAAGGAAACAAACAAGGAAGACACUACCUGUACAAUCAUUUUCACAUGAAAAAGAGGCUCUCCAACAGAGAAGACAGUCGAUCCUGGUCAUCAGUCGCCCAGGUUCCAACACCAAACCCACCCUCCCUCCAAUCCCUCAGGGCCGCAAGUAG